UAUUGUACAUCUCAGGCUGAGUUAUGCUUGAAGAACAGAAGAAGAAAAAGCUUAACCGCUUUGUUACGAUUUUGUUUCCACACAAAUGUUGCAACAUAUGCGACUGAUAUGUGAUAAUUGUAUAAUAGUGUUUUUACGCUUUCAAAUGAGUUUUUUGCAACAACAUAUUAGUACUUUAUUCAUUCACAUUUUAUCGCUUUCUUGACUACAGCCUACCUCAGCCUGCCAGUGCAGACGAUAUUUUUGUUUUGCGAGGGAAACAACGGAACUGCCGUACUUUCGAGAAAGCUCGUUACAGCGACGCCAGCAUACUGUUUUGACAAGCUUAAGAAUUACUCACAGGAUAGCUACACUUCUUGUUAGCUUGUCACUUUCGUCUACUGUCUCGUUUUUUUUAAAAAUCGGUGCAUCACGGUAACGUUGGUUCGUCAGUUGGUGGGCGCACGGUGCGUUUUAGUGAACGGAAACACCGAAGCACCCCGACGCUCGUUUGGCUUGGUUUGUUGACAAAUACCAGGCGGGCGCAAGUCUUCGUCCAGUGAGCACGAAAUUUGCAUGGUAUUUCGGCGCUUACUUACCUUGGCAUUGGGCUUGAUGCCGAAGAAAGGCCAGUUCUACUAUGCCGUCCGCAAUGGACGUCAGAAAGGCGUAUUUUUGACAUGGCCGGAGUGCGAGAGUCAGGUCAAGGGUUACCCUCGACCGGUAUACAAAAAAUUCAGCACUGAGCAGGAAGCUUGGGCCUUUGUCAACAACGAUCCAAAUGGAGAGGUAACCCUCAGUGGAUCAGGUGCCUUUGGGGUAAGCUGCCACUCUGUCGGCAAAGCGUUACAGGGACGCAAGCGCAAGCAUGGAUCCGACCCCGUGGAGGAGCAAAGAGCCCAGCGCUUCUGCCCAGAUGCCAAUGAACCGAGUGACAUGCUACACGUCUACACGGAUGGGGCAUGCUCACACAAUGGCGGCAUCAAUGGUACACCAAAAGCAGCCAUAGGCGUCUACUGGGGACUCAACCAUCCAAUGAACAUCAGUGAGAGGAUUCCGGGCCGGCAAACAAACAACCGUGCCGAAAUUCAUGCUGCUGUUCGUGCAUUGCAGCAAGUGCGCAGUGUUGGUGGGCGCAAUGUGACCAUCUACACGGACAGCUCCUUUCUCAUCAACAGUGUCACUAAAUGGAUGGAUGGCUGGAUCAAGAAGGGCUGGAGGCUGUCUGACGGCCAGGCUGUCAAGAACAAGGAGGACUUCCUGGAGUUACUCAAGGCAGCAGAGGGACUCCGCGUCAAGUGGGUGCAUGUCCGAGGCCAUUCUGGUGUGCCAGGCAACGAGCAGGCUGACCGUUUGGCCGUGGCUGCACUUGACCUACCGCUGCCACCUGGAUGACCACUGCUUCAGUUGCCUGUUUCUCACAUUAAACGUAAUUUCUUUUGUGCGCUAGGAAA